AUGGCUAGACUCUGCGAGUUCGAUGGCUCAAAAGAAUUCGAACAGAUCGUCGCAACAAUCGCCGAGCAUGCUAUAAACCGAGAUGUCCGAACGACUGCACUAAAAAUGCUGAGUCGCAAUAAGUGUUUCACAGACCUGAUCGAUAAAGUACGCGAAAUUGAAACCAUUAAAUUGAACGAAGAAUACGUCCGUAAAAAGUACCGGAAUGUCGAGCAAGGAGUGGUAGCAUCCGUUAGUGCAUCUUUUCCGAGAAACACGAGUCAUUAUACACCGCAGAGAGGUUUCCAGCAUCACGUAAACAGAUCAAUGAGAGGAGGCAGUCGAACUCUACGUGGCAGACAACCUUACGCUAGUGGUGGUCUAUCGUUCCGUUACACACCUAAGGAGUCUUACGCUAGUGGUGGUUCAUCGUUUCGUUACACAUCUAAGGAGAAAUGUUGGCGCUGUAACAGCAUAUAUCACGAGGCUGAUGUUUGUGGUCACAGAGUAAAGAACUGCAACAACUGCGGGAUUCUUGGUCACAUUCAGCGAGCGUGUCUCUCUCGUGGUAGAGGUCAUGUUAUGAAGCGACAAGCAACGGAGUCGUUGGAGACUACUGCGAAGAAGAUAGCAGCAAUUGAAGAAGUGAAAGAUGACUUGGUUUCUAUUGAAUCAGUAAGUGAAUCGACUGAAUUUUAA